AUGGACCAUCAAAACCAUCAAGAUAAUGCUUGCAUCAGAUCCGAUGCAUCUUUUGGCCCAGUAGUGUCAGGCUGUCGCGACAACUUCGACUUCACCCUCGCCUUCGAGCUGUAUUUCUUUCUUAUCACGCCUGCAGCGCUGUUUCUGCUGGUUGCCCCAACCCGCGUCUACCUGCUCUUUGCCCGAGAUCGCUGUGUCGAUGGCAGGUGGCUCCGAGAUGCCAAGCUGGUUCUGUCUGCUGUCUAUUCGGCCUUGCAGCUCACCCUCAUCGCGCUAUGGACGCUUCGACCGAUGCCUGCAUCCGCCGCGGGCAUUGCCGCUGCAUGCGUGAAUACCGGCGCGGGUCUGUUUCUGACCCUGCUCUCGCCCCUGGAACACACGCGUAGUCUCCGCCCGUCAUCUAUCAUCAACACGUAUUUACUCUCGAUUUUUCUGGACGCUGCAGUGGUCCGCACCCUCUGGCUAGCCAGCUAUGCGGCCGACGACCUGCGCAGCACCUUCACUGCAGCAUUCGUUCUGAAGGCGUGUCUCUUCGUGCUGGAAACAGUGGAGAAGCGAUGGCUGUUCUGUUCCGAGAAGGAGAAGGACCUCAGCCCAUAUGCAAAGAGUGGUGUCUACAAUCGCGCGGUUUUCUGGUGGAUUAAUGGGCUGUUGCGACAAGGGGCUCGACAACAGUUGACUCCCAAGGACCUGCACCCGCUGGACAGCGCCAUGGCCGCUGAGUCGCUUGAUCGGCAAUUCUGGGCAUCGUGGCUGAAAACAAACCCAAAGCGGCGUCGUCGACUGUUGCACACCUUUUUCCGGGCAUUGCAUUGGAAUCUCUUCGCUCCUGUAGUGCCCCGGCUGGCGUUGAUUGCGUUUUCCAUCUGCCAGCCGCUGUGCCUGCGACGUUUCCUCAGCUAUCUGCAGGCAGAUCCGGAACAAAGUGUGAAUAUCGGCUACGCCAUGGUCGGAGCGUACUUCCUAAUCUACUUUGGCAUUGCGAUUUCCACCGGGUUCUACUGGGCGUCCUGGUUUCGCUCGCUGGCUUUAAUCAGGAGCAUGCUAAUGACUGCCAUUUUUGAAAAAACGCUCCAAGCUCCAGCAUCUGUGGCUGCCGAGAAAGCAGCGGUGACAUUGAUGAGUACCGACGUCGACCGCAUCAUGAACGGUCUGCGCGAGGUUCACGAGCUAUGGGCCAACGUCGUGCAGAUCGCUAUCGCCACAUAUUUGCUCGAAACGGAACUAAAAUAUGCCUGCAUCGCACCUGCUGCCAUCGCCGUCGGCUCUUUUGUAGCCAUCACGUAUCUAUCGGAGUACACCAAGCAGUUCCAAAAGCAGUGGAUGGGGAAAUUGCAAUUACGCAUUGCUCGAGUUUCCGCCAUGCUCGAGUCCAUCAAAGCUAUCAAGAUCUCAGGGCUAACGGAGCGGUUGCACACGAUCGUUGCUGGUCUUCGCCAGGAUGAGGUUGAUGCCUCGAAGCCGUUUCGACUGCUGGGUGCGGGCACCUCGACUAUCGCGUUGCUACCUCAGAUUCUCUCCCCUGUGCUGGCGUUUGCCAUCUAUACCGCAGUGACAAUUCGGGGAGGGGCCAUCCUAGAUGUCUCACGCGUGUUUACUUCCCUGUCCAUUCUCUCCUUACUGUCGCAGCCCCUGUUCACAUUGUUCGGCUCCCUUGUCAACUCCCGGGCAGCCAUCGGCUGCUUUGAGCGGAUCGAGGAGUAUCUUUGCCAGGAUAGCCAUGUAGAUGAUCGUACCAACCUAGACUGCGAAGGCGUCUCUGUAAGUGAAAAGCUGCAGCGGACUACGGUUACAACUGUCAGGGCAGGUGAUGGCACUCCACGGCCGGAUUCUAUGAUGGUGUUUCAGCUGGAGAAGGCAUCACUGAACUGGUCCAGGAACAACGAUGCUCAUGCCCUUCUGCAGGAUAUCAGUCUUUCCAUCAAGCGCGGCACCUUGAACCUAAUCGUCGGCCCAUCGGGUGUCGGUAAAUCCACGCUCCUGCACGCCUUGCUAGGUGAAUGCCCAGUACUCGAUGGUACUGUCCGUACAUCUGCGACUGAGAUUGCUUGGUGCGAACAGACUCCCUGGCUGGUCAACGACUCUGUUCGGAAUAACAUCCUAGCUGGAUCCGCCAUGGAUGAGACGUUGUAUUCAACCGUAAUCCAUUGCUGCGAUCUCCAGGCUGACCUGGACAGUUUGCCUGCCGGUGACCAAACCAAGGUUGGCAGCAAAGGGACUGCCCUCAGCGGUGGUCAGAAGCAGAGGAUUGCCCUAGCUCGUGCCCUCUACUCCCGAAAGGAUGUCAUACUGCUUGAUGACCCCUUCAGCGGGCUUGAUAUUACGACAGAGAGCAAGAUUAUUCGCCGCUGCUUCGGACGUCAUGGACUGCUUCCGCGCUGGGGAACCACUGUCGUUCUAGCCACUCACUCUUCGCCCGUGCUACCUCUGGCUGACCAGAUUUUGGUGUUGAGCCCCAACAGAGGGAUUAGCGAGCGCGGUACUUAUCGGGACCUCAUCGCAGCCGAGGGCUACGUGUAUAGAAUUCAUGGUCAUACACUGACUGUACCAGCACAAGAGGUAGAUAAAGAAUCGAACAAAGCCGACACAUCAAUAGAGAAGUUGCCAGAACAGACGAAUACGAGCAAGAAACGAGUUUCAAAAAUUCAAAACACCCCCCGCAAUACACCGGAAACGAAGGCAUCGCCGCGCGCUGCUAAGAUGACAGCAGUAAACGAUUACUCUGUUUAUGGCUUCUACAUCAAGGCAAUUGGAAUCGUCCCGCUGGCAAGCUUCCUCGUACUGGAAGCAGUCUGGGCGUUCCUUUCCGUCUUCCCCGUCCAGUGGCUCAGGUGGUGGGCAGAGGAUAGUAGCAUCCACGGUAAUAAGCACUAUGGACUUUACCUGGGCGUCUAUGCUGCCUUGCAAGUCGUGGCACUUGGAUUUUCCGCGCUUGCCACUUGGUUUUCCUUUAGCUUCAUGGCGCGCAAGUCCGGCAUCUCACUCCACGAUAGUCUACUAAGGGCGACCCUGUCCGCUCCACUAAGCCUCUUUGCCAAACAGGACACUGGUCAGAUUCUGACUCGGUUUUCUCAGGAUAUCCAGAUGGUCGACAUGAAUCUGCCUCUGCAGCUGUUGACGCUGUUCCAGAAUUUAUUCACCUGCAUUGCCCAGGCAGGCCUGAUUGGUUCUGGGGUUGGUUGGGUGGCAGUGAGCUAUCCUGCGCUGAUCGCAGUCUUGUUUGUGAUCCAACGCUUUUAUCUGAGGACUGCAAAGCAAAUGCGGUUGUUAGACCUAUCUGAAAAGGCCCCCGUGUACAGCCAGUAUCUCGACACUCUAGGCGGCCUACUCACAAUCCGCGCCUUCAAAUGGCAGGCUCGGUUCCGAAAGACGAGUUACGAGCUGGUGGAAAACGCCCAAAAACCGUGGUAUUUGUUACUCAUUAUCCAACGGUGGCUUCUGCUGGUCCUUGAUCUGGUCACAGCCGCCCUAACGGUGCUGAUUGUCGGGAUCGCAAUCAAGCUACACUUGUCGAUUGGGGCAGGUGGCGUUGCUGUUGCUCUGGUACAGAUCAUUACCUUGUCUACAUAUCUCAGCCAGCUGGUUACUACUUACACUAUGUUGGAGACUACCUUGGGUGCAAUCGCACGCAUCAAGAAAUUAAAGGAAGACGCGGCCGCGUUGCCCGGUGGAACGUUCAACGACCGUGGCGACCAGCCACCGUCUACUUGGCCUGACAGGGGAGAGGUUAUCUUGGAACAGAUUUCGGCAUCUUACGACGGUACUGGUGAAAGCUCGAACCGGCCAGCGCUGGACAGUAUCACAAUGCACAUCCAGCCGGGGCAAAAAAUUGGUAUCUGCGGCCGAACGGGAAGUGGAAAGAGCUCGACCCUUCUAGCUCUAUUCGGGUUAUUAGAGUUGACUUCCGGUAAGAUUUUAGUGGAUGGUCUGGAUCUGGCCACUGUUAAUCAGGAGACCGUCCGGUCACGACUGAAUGGGCUAGGUCAAGAUCCGUACUUUCUUACUGGCAGUGUGAGGUUAAAUCUUGAUCCAUAUCAAGACCUGGAUAAUCUCGAUGAUGAGCGACUCAUCCGGGUGCUCAAGGUCGUGCGGCUAUGGUCAGUGAUUGAGGAGAAUGGAGGACUGGAUGCCGAGUUGAAAAAGGAGUCGCUGAGUCAAGGACAGAGGCAACUAUUCUGUCUGGCGAGAGCGUUUCUCCGACCUGGCAAGGUAGUGGUUCUGGAUGAGAUUACUAGCAGUUUGGACCUUGAGAUGGAGGAGCUGAUGCAAACCGUCAUUGCCUCGGAAUUUGCAGACCGAACAGUUAUCAUGAUUGCACACCAUUUACAUACAAUACUGGAUUGUGAUCGUGUAGCUGUUAUGGCCGAUGGCAAGUGCGUGGAAUUCGACAACCCCAAGACGCUCCUGGAAAGGAAGGAUUCCCUAUUCAGUGCUCUUCUGCAAUCAUCACAGCAAGCAGUGUAA